CCCAGACAGCUGUUAGAGGAAGGAACUCGGGUCGGGUCAUAUAUUCCCAGUUGUGAGAUGUGUUAGGGUUUUGAGGUUUGUUGGGUGAAAAGGGCUUCCAAACUACACAUUUUGUCAGUUAACAUCUGAAUUGUUCGUAAAGAUGAACGUAAUUUUGGCUGUGAAGCAGUAUGUUUCGAAGAUGAUUGAGAGCAGCGGACCAGGGAUGAAAGUUCUGCUCAUGGAUAAAGAAACGACUAGUAUAGUGAGUAUGGUCUAUACUCAGUCAGAGAUAUUACAGAAAGAAGUCUACCUGUUUGAACGGAUUGACUCCCAAAAUAGGGAGAAUAUGAAGCAUUUGAAGGCUAUCUGCUUUUUACGACCUACCAAGGAAAAUGUUGGCCAUCUGGUUCAAGAACUUCGCAGGCCAAAAUACAGUGUCUACUUUAUCUUCUUCAGUAAUGUCAUCAGCAAGAGUGAUGUGAAGUCCCUGGCAGAAGCAGAUGAGCAAGAAGUGGUGGCUGAGGUGCAGGAGUUUUAUGGAGAUUUCAUUGCUGUCAAUCCACAUUUGUUCUCUCUUAAUCUUGUGGGAUGUGCUCGAUCUCGAUCCUGGGAUCAAGAUUACCUCUCAAGAACCACUCAGGGUUUGACUUCUGUCCUUCUGGCUCUUAAGAAGUGUCCAAUGAUCCGAUAUCAGCUUUCCUCGGAUAUGGCUAAACGACUGGCAGAGAGCGUAAAGCAAAUCAUUACCAAGGAGUAUGAGUUGUUUGAUUUCAGAAAGACUGAAGUGCCUCCACUGCUGCUGAUUUUAGAUCGUAGUGAUGAUGCUAUUACUCCCUUACUAAAUCAGUGGACAUACCAAGCAAUGGUUCAUGAGCUUCUUGGUCUAAACAACAAUCGGAUUGAUCUAUCUAGAGUCCCAGGAGUGAACAAAGAUUUGCGGGAGGUUGUUUUGUCUGCAGAAAGUGAUGAAUUUUAUGCAAAUAAUUUGUACCUGAACUUUGGUGAGAUUGGCACUAAUAUCAAAAACUUAAUGGAAGACUUUCAGAAGAAGAAACCUAAAGGGCAGCAGAAACUGGAGUCAAUUGCUGAUAUGAAGGCCUUUGUUGAUAACUAUCCCCAGUUCAAGAAAAUGUCUGGGACAGUGUCGAAGCACGUGACAGUUGUGGGGGAGUUGUCGCGCCUGGUCAGUGAACGAAACCUAAUGGAAGUAUCAGAGGUAGAACAAGAAUUAGCCUGUCAGAAUGACCAUUCCAGUGCUCACCAGAAUGUGCGUAGGCUCCUCCAGCAUCCAAAAGUCACUAAACUAGAUUCAGCACGGCUGGUGAUGCUAUAUGCUCUGCGCUAUGAGAAACACAGCAGCAAUAACCUUCCAGGACUAAUGGAGGACUUGAACAGAAAAGGGGUAUCGGAAGAAUACAGAAAGAUGGUGCAAGCAGUGGUUGAAUAUGGAGGAAAGAGAGUAAGAGGAAGUGAUCUCUUCACACCAAAGGAUGCUGUCACUAUUACCAAGCAGUUCUUUAAGGGACUAAAGGGAGUGGAAAAUGUUUACACACAACACCAGCCUUUACUACAGGAGACGCUUGACCAGCUGAUUAAAGGGAAAUUAAAGGACAGUCAAUAUCCAUACCUUGGGCCAAACAGCCUCCGUGAUAGGCCACAGGACAUCCUUGUAUUUAUAAUUGGUGGGGCUACCUUUGAAGAGGCUUUGACAGUUUAUAAUUUAAAUCGUACUAACCCAGGCGUCCGAAUUGUCUUGGGGGGGACUGCUAUUCACAACACUAAAAGUUUUCUGGAGGAAGUAAUGUCUACUAGUGCCAUUGGUCGCUCAGGAGACAGACCUUUGGGAGCAGGACGACCAGUGAGUAGACGCUGAAGCAGAAAUCAAAGUCUCUUCCUGGUUUCUUCUCAACUCUCAUUCCAGUGAACAUUCCUUGAUGCUUCCUGCUUCAAGAAGGACUUAUGUGGCAUAGAAUCAUGUUUAUUUAAAUAAUGUAUGCUUAUGAAUAAAAAGUAAACAAGUGAAAUUAAGUAUAGAUGAUCCAAAGUUUUAAAAAUUAACUUUAACUGUACUCUGCCUGCAGUCUGUACUGAACAGGAUAAAUUGUCUUUGGUACAAUUUUCAAUGCAGUCUUGGUUUCACUGUCUGUAUAAUAACUCUGUAUAUGUAUUUUCCCACACUGAACAUUACACAGAGUGGGCUUUGAAAUCUGAAGUCCUCAAUAUGUUGGAUGUUGUAGUUAAAAAUAUUUUUGUCUCUUAUAAUUGAUUAUCACUCUUAAAAUCUUUCACAAUUAGAGUGUGCUAAGUUUUGGAAUUGUUUUUGUUAUUUCAUUAAUGGAUUUCAGAUGCACACCUCCAACUCUUUGAGUUGUGAAAACCACUAAAAAUGAAUUUGUUAUCUAAACGCAUAAUCUGUUCUUGAAGAAUAUUUUCACUUUUAUACUUUUCAAUUUACAUUAUAUUCAGUUUGUUUAUAAGUGUAAUUAAUUAGCCUUCCAGGGCCUAUCAUUAGCACCUACUAAAAUAUUUAUUUUGUUUCAGAGUUAUUUGUCCAUUUGUGAGUAUGUAUGUAUUUCUUUUUAUCAAACUUGCUAUAGUUCUUAGAACUAUAUUCAGAUAAAACAUCUGUAUGUUGUAACAUUACAGUUUAUAACAAAUUAAAAGGGGCAUGUACUUGUAUGUAAAAGUCCUUAUUUAUAAUGCUGCACCUUACUGUUUUGAUACUUGGAAAAAAUCAUUUGAAGUCUUUGGGAGAGUUGGCUUUGUGAGGGAGACCUACUUUCUUGUUCAUCUUUCACAUAGCAGACUUAAACUACUGUAUUAAUAGUGUGUGUGUGUGUGGGGGGGGGGGGGGGGAAUAGGACUUGUGGAAUUAAGAAUAGAAAAGGAAAAUGUCAUAAUUUUCAUGACAGUGCAUAUAACAGUACAUUAUGUAAUUUUAAAAGUUGUUUUAUGUACUGCUCUGACACCUUAAUUCUUUAUGAAGUUUAUUUUCCAUGCAGAGUUUAUUGUAUUUUUUAAACUUUUUUCUGUCUCUGUUUUUUCUGAAAUGCCCUGUUUUAAUGCCGUGAUUUUUUCUUUAUGCUCAUCUUUUAGAUUAGAGAAAUUAUAAAUUGUUCUGGUAUGCCCUGAAAUCAUGGAACUACUUAUUUGUCGUUCAUUUAUUACUCUGUCAACAUCCUGGUGCAUCUGUGAAUCUUAGAGUUCAACAAAAAGUGACUUUUUAAAAUAGAUUCUAUGAAUUAACAAUUCAUAUUUGAGAUUGUUGUUACCUUUUAUUCUCAUUCGAGAAGCACUGAAUAAAUAUGAUUUCUUUACAGAUGUGCAUUCUAGAUACUUUCUUCUUCGCCUUCUUUCUUCAUCACUUAAUAUUAUUUCUUUUUUCCAAAUUGAAGAUCUUUUUUUUAGGCCCCUUGUCAUCAAUAUAGUAAUUCUGUUGGGUGUAAGGUACCAUACAUUUUGCACUAAUCAAGACCAGGCUCGACAUUAACUGUUUUUUAAUCUUAAAAAGUUGCAUUAAUGGACAAAACCGUGAACACAUCAGAAAUGUUAAUGUGUUAAAUAUGUAUUUCCCUUAGAUGAAGGUAGAAAACUGGAAUUGACAUUUAUUUCUAUCCAGUAUUUAUAAUCCAGGGAUAUAUUAGGUCAUUUGGAGAAUUUCAAUUAUUACAGCAUUGUGUGCUUUGGCCCAACAAUUAAAACUUUUGUUCCAGCUAAGAGGUUUUUCUCAUCUUGUACCUAUUGCAGACAGAAUAGGCACAAGCACUUUUGUAAUCGUGAUUAGGAUUAAGCAAUUAAAUACAUAAAUAAAUGAAUACAAAAUAAAACUGUUAACUGUUAGAGUAUCUAAAUAUAUAAAUGACAGUGUAUCAUUCUACCAGUGUACAAGUAAAGUAAGUCAGACGAAAUUUCAUACCAUAUUACUUCAGUAUAUAGCAAGGUUUAAAUUGCCUUAUACUGUAAAUCGUAUUGCUGCUUGGAAGACUGCAGCAUUGCCAAAGUAUUAAAUCAUGACAGCUGUUGUCAUGCAAGACCCACUCAUUGCACCAAAGGAUGUAGCAGGUGUUGUCUGUGAAGCAUAUUGCAUUAAUCCCUUAGAGUUGUUACUGUUUUUCAGAUGGAAGAUUUAAGGUUUUCAUAGGAAGUUAUUAAAGACUUGUUUGCUUGACUUCUGUUAAAGAAAAAAGGCUUUCACAAUGUUAAAAUGUUAAGUACCAGAAAUUAGUGAUUUGUACUUAAUGCAACAGUUUAAUUUUUCUUGUUGAAUUUAAUUUAAAAUGAAUAUUGUCAUCUUAACCUGUAGCUUGAGUGUGUGCUUACUGUUGUCCAUGCUUUCAGUGCCUAGGCUUCGCUUUUCACCUUUAUACUCCCAAUUGUGUUUGUUUAGAUUUAUAUGUAAACAGUUUAUUAUUAUCUGCAAAUGGAAAAUAAAAUAAGAAAUGUAAUGUAAUUCCAUUGUAUUGUGAAUAAUUAGUUUUGCAGGAAAAUCAAACAAUCAGUAAAUAAAUAAAUGACAUCUGAA